AUGGUGGUAGUCACGGGGCAGACCAAAGUGAGCGAUGCCAUGUCGAGUUCGGAUGCGGAGGAUGACUCUCAAGAACCUGCCACGCCGACGGCCACCCAGGCAGAGCACGCCCUGUCCCUUCUGCCUCAGCAGGUGAGUGAGCUGGUGCCUCUUGCACCCUGGUUGCUUCAGUUUUCAGGGGCUGCCGCUGGAAUGGUCCUCUCCCUGGAGGCUUCCCCAGAGUGACACUGAGGAUCAGCUUCUUUCAGAAACAAUACUCUGCUUUCAGUCUGGCUUGUAGUGGUGGGCGCAGGGUCAAGCCCCAGAAUCAGUGGUUCCCAAAGUGGGUGGUACCACCCCCUGGGCAGAGUGGUGGGAUUACCCAGGGAGGCACUAAGAGGCAAGGAGGUGGCAGGGGGAUGCUGGAGGUGUAAAUGACUAUUCAAGUUCAGCAGUUUUGUUGAUUGGAUUAAACUCAAUAGUGUUAAUUGGAUUUUGAGUAAAUGUGCAAUUGUUACUGUUUUGAAUUUUAUUCUGCUUUUAUCUGCUGGAGUGGGUUGUGUAAACCACUAUUCUGAAUAAUGUUUUUUAUAGGUUUCGGUAUGGUUGAGUGUACGGAACCAAGGGGGGGUGGCCCAAAAAAGUUUGGGAACCACUGCCCUAAAUGGACUUACUUUUUAAAAAAUGAAUAUUACUGAUUUCUUGUUUUUGUAACCCAUCCUGAGCUUGAAGGGUGGGAUAAACUAGAAGCUGUUCACAAAUCAUGACUUUCAAAACAACUUUGAUUUUAAAAAGUAUUUAAACCUAGCAUUUUUAAUACCCUGGCUGCUAAGGUUUUUCCAGCCUCAAGACUGAGAAAACUCAGUGUAAGUUAGCAAUAUUCAGACUUGUUAGGUUUCCUGGCAUUAGCAUGUUCUGUACACCCAACUAGGGGGUGACAGGUGGAGUCUGGGCACAAAAUGAGCAGUUGAGCAGAUAUCAGUCCACUGGGCUCAUCACAUGACUGUCCUGUUUUUGCAGCUGAGGGAAAACAGGAGACUUACAAACUCCUGCUAAGCUAUGUUUGCUUGGUGGCUUGCAGUUCUGAGUAGUUGAAAACCCCUACAGUCUGCAGCUCCAGCUGAUCUUGGAGAUGGAUGUGCAGAACUGGGUGCAAGUGCCAGCCCAGAGCCACUGAUCGCUUGCCCUCUCUCUGACUCUGCCAGUGCCACCCUUCCUUGUCUCCUCACAGUCCGCCUCCUGCUUCUGCCUUCUACACAAAGUCAUCUGCUGCUGAGUCAUUUUUGAGCAGUGACAUGAGCCUAAGAGGAGCCCUGCAGGAUCAGUCCAAAGGUCCACCUAGCCCUGUGCAUCCUGCCUUCUGCAGUAGCCGACCAGGUGCCUCCAUGAAACCCACCAUGUACAGGGCGGCAAGGUGACAGCUCUCUCUCGUGCUGUUGCUCCCCUGCAUCUGGUACCCAGUGACAUCCUGAGCCUGGGAAUGCCAUAUAGGGGUGGGAGUGAACCUGCACCGGGCUUUGGUGCUUCAUGGCUAGACAGCAGCUAUGGUCCAAGGUAUAUUGACCAAUCUGAGACUGGUGCACCAACUGGGAAUUUCAGACCUGGAGGCAUGUGCAAUAGGCUGUGUGGUGCUGCCCCUUGAAGGGAUGUGGGUGGUGCUGUGGUCUAAACCACUGAGCCUUGGGCUUGCCGAUCAGAAAGUUGGCUGUUCAAAUCCCUGCGACAGGGUGAGCUCUCGUUGCUUGGUCCCAGCUCCUGCCAACCUAGCAGUUUGAAAGCACGUCAACGUGCAAGUAGAUAAAUAGGUACUGCUCUGGCGGGAAGGUAAACGGCGUUUCCGUGCGCUGCUCUGGUUCAACAGAAGCGGCUUAGUCAUGCUGGCCACAUGACCCUGAAGCUCUCUGCGAACAAACGCUGGCUCCCUCGGCCAGUAAAGCGAGAUGAGCACUGCAAUCCCAGAGUCGUCCACGACUGGACUUAACGGUCAGGUGUCCCUUUACCUUUACCCCUUGAAGCAUCUCCUAAGAUACUUCAGGCAGUUGAUGAUGUGUCAGUAUAAAGAAAAAGUGCAGCAUUUGGGACUCUUUAGUUUAGAGAAAAGGUGAGUAAGAGGUGGCAAAAUACAAGUUUAUAAAAUUAUGCAUGGCAUGGGGAAGGUGGAUAGAGAAUUUUUUUUCUGCCUCUCUCAUAACACUAGAACUCAUGGACAUCCAAUGAAACUGAAGGGUGGAAGAUUAAGAACAGGUAAAAAAAAAAGCCAUUCUUCACAGAGCACAUAGUUAAACUGCCCCCUUGUUUUUGUUUUUUAAAAAUUAAAGUUUCAAGCUGUCCCUUUGUUUUUAUCUGCCCUGCGUUCAUCUUUUUUAUUGUUCUUAACUGAUUUUACUGUUUUGCUCAUGUUAUUUUAUUUUGUAAAUAGAUUAGUAAUUAGGAAGGAAAGAUAUACACUCUCUUAAAGAAGUAAAAUAUAGACCACUUCCCUCUUCUCAAAUGUGUCUAGUCCCCUUUUAAAGCCCUCUGAGCUGGUGGCCACUGCCCAUAUCUUGCAGCAGGGAUUUUCACAGCGUGUGACAAAGUCCUCUCUUUUGCCUGCCCUGAAUCUCUCACCCUUCAGCUUCCUAAGAUUACCCAAUCAGGUUCUAGUAUUCUGAGAGUCAGCAUGGUGUAGUGGUUAACAUCUCAGACUAGAACCUUGGAGACCAGGGUUAAAAUCCCCACUUGGCCAUGAAGCUCUCACAGUGGGUGACUUUAGGGGCAGUCAUUACCUCUCUGUUUAACCUACCUCACAGGGUUGUUGUGAGGAUAAAAUGGAGAGGAGGAAAACUAUGUAUGGCACCUUGAGUUCCUUGGAGGAAAAUUUGGGAUACAGAUGCAAUAAAAUAAAAAUCAAAAGUAUAAAAAGAGGGAGAAAUAUGUUCAUCUACUUUCUCCACACUGGCUUGUUUGUAUUCAGUGCAGCCUGAAUUAACUUGAUCCAUCACUGCAAGGAACUGCAUACCAACUGCAUACCCCCUAAAUCUGUUCUAGGGGGCAGAUUUGGGUAGGAUGUGGGGCAUGGGGAAGAUUGGGAAGUUUUAUUGGGCAAGCGUAAAUUUUUCAAGUGAUGGGAAAUGAUACAGCCAACCUACAUGCUGAAUUUCGACAAAAAUUGUUUCUUCCUCCCAGUUCCCUGAAGUGGUGCCACUGAAUGUUGGAGGAGCUUAUUUCACUACCAGGUUGUCAACACUGCGGCGCCACGAAGACACAAUGCUCUCGGCUAUGUUCAGUGGCCGACACUACAUCCCAACAGAUGCGGAGGGGAGAUACUUUAUUGACCGAGACGGGAAGUUCUUUGGGUAUGUCUUCUUUGCCUGUGGCACUCCCUUAGCUACAAAAGCUCCAGGAACAAGGCGGUUCCUCUGUCCCUUGGAGGUAGUGUGAGCUGUAUGCCCCUUCUACCUUCGCAGUCAUGUUCCCAUAGGGGUAAGGGGAACUGCUCUAGGCGGCCAAAGAACAGCAGCUGGCAAGGUGGCAUCUAGACUUCCAAGAAAGGAGAUUCCAACUAAACAUGAGAAAGAACCUUCUGAUGGGAAGAGCUGUUCAACAGUGGAACGGACUCUCUCAGAAGGUGGUGGAUUCCUUCAUUUCGGGUUUUUAAGCAGAGGUUGGAUGACUGUCAGAGAUUCUUUCGCUGUGAUUCCUUUGCUGCAGUGGGUUGGAGCAGAUGACCUUUGGAGUCUGUUCUAACUUUACAAGUCUGUGCUGCUGUUAUUCUAAGAACUGGGGGUAAUUGUUUUGAAGGACAAUGUUGGUGGAGCUGUUUGUGGUCAGAAUGUCUGCACUCUGCUGGACCAGGGCUCCCUGACAUAUUCCUGUGGUUGGAGGUAUAUAUUGUAUUACUGGAAGUGGUGGAUUACAUAUUUUUAGGCACCAGGCAAAAACAUUUCUCUUCUGACAGGCCUUUGGCUUUUAAUUAUCUGUGGCCUCUUUAUUACUUUAUUAAACUUAAACCCCACCUUUUUCUCCAAGGAGUCCAAGGUGAUGUAUGUGGUUCUCAUCCUGCCUCAUUUAAUCCCCCAGAACAACCUUGUGAAGUAGGUUAGGCUGACAGGCAGUUAAUGGCCCAAGGACACAACCAGUGAACUGCAUGGCUGAGUGCAGAUUUGAACCCUGGUCUCCCGGUCCUAGUCUGACACUCUAAAAAAAAGUACACUACACUGGCUCUCUUGAGUGGGUGGGAUGUCUUAAUCUUGCCUUUUAAAAAUACAAAUUUGCUUUAAGUCUUUUUUAUCUGUUUUGUUUAAUGCUAGUUUUGAUGUAAAUGCUAUUUAAUUCUUUCUGAGAAUCGCUUUGAGUUGCUUUUGUAAAAAAGUGACUAAUAAGUUUAAUCAAUCAAUAAUACCAUAUUGGCCCGAAUAGAAGCCGCACCCGAAUAUAAGCUGCACCUUUAAAAUUAGAGGGGGGAAAAGAAAAGAAAAAAUACCCGAAUAUAACCUGCCCCAUUCCUCGCUGCUCCUGGCUGCAUACUGAGUGGGGGAGCCGUGCUGUGUUGCCAACAGCCUUUUCCCUUCCUCGCUCUCUUCCUUCUUAGCCUUGGGGGAGAGGAUGGGGGACUAUGCGUGGGGUGGGCGCCUCUUUGCCACGCUCCUGGCGCUGUUUGCCCCGUGCUCCUGGCUGCAUACCGUAAGGUUGCGAAUAUAAGCCGUGCUUUAACUUUUCAUGGUCGUAAUUUGGGGGGAAAGCGAGGCUUAUGUUCAGGCUAAUACAGUAAUAAUAAUAUGAAUGGAAACUGCAUAAGAGCUUCAGCUCAAGAGAUGGUUGGAAUGGGGUGGGGCACCCUUCGGAUUUUCCGUCUCAUGCCCUGACUUUGAGCGCUGGACAGGGUCAGACGGCAAGUAACAGAUGCCCUUUGUUUGUGCUGCAUGUGGUCACUAAUAGGAUUGAUUAGUCAAAGUGACUGUGCUGCUUUUGCCUCUGGAAACAGGAUAUUAAAAGGUUCUUCAGCCCUUGGAAUGCUGACCUUCCUGUUUCAGAAUAAAUGUGUAAUAUCCUGACCUUGCAAAGUCAGCUACUUAAAUUAGUGCUGCCAUGCGUCCGGAAUUUCCCAGACAUAGCUGGGAUUCAGUCAUUGGAAAUGGCAUCUGGGUGGAAAUAGCUGAAAUAUCCAGGAAAAUCCAGACAUAUGGGAAGCCAUGUCAGAAGUAUAGAUUUAGCUGAAUUCCCUUGAAAAUAGCUCAAAGCCUCAUGGCGGGGUUUUGUUUUUGUUUUUUGCUAAAAAAACUCAACAACUUUUGUGUCUGGAUUUUCAUUUUUUGAAAUAUGGCAACCCUACAAGUAGACCCCAUCUUGUUUUGUUCCUAUAUCCCGACUUUUAAAAUAGAAAUGGCUGAAAACUCUGAAACACAUGUGCAGUGUUAUCUUGACAAACAUGAAGACAGUAUGAUUCCCCUUGAGAGAAUUUCCCUCUCGGGGCUAGCCCCAAAGGCCUGCAGCAUUUGUUCCACCAUGUGCAUCCCAGAAUCCCCUGUGGUAUAUGGCUGCUUCAUUGAAACAUGUUGGAUCUAAGCAUCUGCUUGGGUUGCUUGGGCCAGUUGGAGUUUCUUGGGUGAAGAUAAUUCUAGCUUUAAUAACAUUGUAUUAUCUAGUCUUUAACUUUUCAUGGCGUGCCUGGCGUGCUCUGGUCCAUGGAGUCACGAGGAGUCGGACACGACUAAACGGCUAAACAACAACAACAACAAAUUAUCUAGUCUAGAGCAAAUGCAAUAUAUAGUAUUAAUAAAGGUUAGAGUAUGAUAAAGUAAGAUAAAAAAAUCUGCCCUAUAUCCUUUGAACCCUUUUGCAUAUUCCCAGAGGUAAGAGUUCCACAGUUUGGGAAACGCUGAUCUAACCAAUUAGUCUAUUGAAAGCUACAGCCCCAGUUUUGAACACAUUGCCUGCAAUGUAAUGAAAAGGAGAUGGGGUGUGUGUUUUGGGAACAGGUAGCCAUCAACCAAUCUGUAUACUCAAGUUUCUUCUGCCUUUUCUUUUUUUAGGGAUGUGCUCAAUUUCCUACGGUCUGGCGACUUGCCUCCAAGGGAACGCGUGAGGGCAGUUUACAAGGAAGCCCAAUAUUAUUCCAUUGGACCCUUGCUAGACCUUCUUGAGGAGCUCCAGCCCCUCAAAGGAGAAAAAGUCCGGCAGGCUUUCCUGGGCUUGAUGCCAUAUUACAAAGGUAAAUUGAAGGGGUGGGGGCAGGAAGCUUGUGGGUGUAUCUUGCAGCAGGCCAGAAUGCUUUUGAAAUGGUACCCUCCCAAUGUUUUGAACUGCAACAGAGGCAGAUUUAGGGCAGUGCAAGUGGUGUGGUUGCACCAGGUGCCAUAAGGGUGUCAAAUGGCACAGGGUAGCAUAUUUCUAAGGUCUGCCCCUGACUGCAACUCCCAUCACCUGCAGCCAGCAUAGCCAUAUAAUAAAGGUAAAGGGACCCCUUAUCAUUAGGUCCAGUCGUGGCCGACUCUGGGGUUGUGGCGCUCAUCUCGCUUUAUUGGCCGAGGGAGCCGGCGUACAGCUUCCGGGUCAUGUGGCCAGCAUGACUUAGCCGCUUCUGGCGAAACAGAGCAGCGCACGGAAAUGCAGUUUACCUUCCCACUGGAGCGGUACCUAUUUAUCUACUUGCACUCUGACGUGCAGGAGCAGGGACCGAGCAACGGGAGCUCACUCCGUCGUGGGGAUUCGAACUGCCGACCUUCUGAUCGGCAAGUCCUAGGCUCUGUGGUUUAACCCACAGUGCCACCUGUGUCCCAGCCAUGUAAUACUUGGUCUGAAAGGAGCUUGGUUGUGCUGGUUGGGGCUGUGGAAGGUUGAAACCUGAAACAUCUGAAGGCACCCGUUUGAGGAACGCACAUCUUCUUAAUGUUUGUUUUUUCACACACCUCUCUUCCUUGCUUUUCAGAGCACCUGGAGCGGAUUGUGGAGAUUGCAAAGCUGCGCGCCAUGCAGCGGAAGGCCCGCUUUGCCAAGCUGAAGAUCUGCGUCUUCAAGGAGGAGAUGCCCAUCACGCCCUACGAGUGCCCUCUCUUCAACUCCCUGCGCUUUGAGCGGAGCGAGGGCGAGGCCAAGCUCUUUGAACACCAUUGUGAGGUGGACGUGUCCUUUGGGCCCUGGGAGGCCGUGGCGGACGUGUACGACCUCCUCCACUGCAUCGUGACGGACCUCUCCAGCAGGGGCAUCACGGUGGACCACCAGUGCAUUGGGGUCUGUGACAAGCACCUGAUCAACCACUACUACUGCAAGCGCCCCAUUUACGAGUUCAAGAUCACGUGGUGGUGAGCCCAACUGGGCGUGGGAAGAGGUAGCUGGCUGGUUUUGCCGUCUUCUCCAUGGCCUUGUUGCCCUGCGUUCCGAGAAACGGUGGCACUGCUGAUAGCGUGCUGGAGUCUUAUCUUGGCAGGAGAACUUGACCUCCAUUCAUAGCUAUGCAGAAAACUGGGGUCUCUCCUGUGAUUCUUGCUUCAAGGAAGAGAAAUCCUUCUGGAAGGACACAUGCUAUUGUGGCUGACACAUAGGGUCCCAGUAGAGGUAUAUGCCAGUUGGUGUGUAUUGAGGUUUUUGGAAGGGCUCUAACCCACAAUUGAAGCCUUUUUUGGCCCAUGCUGGUCUCACUUGCCUGCACUUGCCUAGGGGACACCGCCACACCGUUGCACAAUCUUCCUUCCAACUGCACCCCUGGAGACAUAGUUAGCUGUUUUAUAGCCACCUGGCGUUGGAAGUGCACAGGAGCACUUUAUUUUUACACCACUUCCACUGGCAUGUGACCUUUUGCUGCUGUUCCGACCUUCAGGACAGAAGAACAAAGUACUUUUCAGAGAUGCUGAGGUUUCAGAAGUGAAUUAUCUCUACAAAUGUCUGAACUUUCUCUGUGUUAAAUCCCUGCUUUAUUUAUGCGUCUGUAUUGGUUAAUUCCUUUACGUGUUUGUGUUGAAAUUUAAUUUAUUUCCACUCCCCUGACCCCAAAGGGCAGGUGUUGGGUGGUUCUUUUUAACUCCUUGGUGCUUGCUCAGACCGCAUAGGUUGCAUUCGUAAAUGAAUUCAAAAAUAACGGUUAUAUAUAUAAAAAAUGUGCCUGUUUAUUGCUUUGGGUGCUUUAGCUGUUGACUAUACCUGGAUGGAAAUUUCUCCCGCACUUUGAUGAAGUGUCAGUGAGCCAGCCCCAAAUCUCAUGGCCAGAAGUUACUGUUAGCAUGGAAACUUUCUCAGCUUUGGCGAUGGCUGGCAUGCUUCUUUGGGGAUUGGAGCAUGCAGGAUCAUCGCAGCCAAAUGUUUUAUUGGAUUGGCCUGUUAUUGGCUAAAAUCAAGAUGGCUGAAUUAAGAGCACAUGAUUAAACUGCGGAACUUUCCGCCACAGGAGGCAGUGAUGACCACCAAUUUAGAUGGUUUUAAAAGAGGAUUGGAUAAAUUCAUGGAGGAAAGGGCUAUCGAUGGCUGAAAGCCACAGUGAUUAUGCUCUGCCUCCAUGGUCAGAAGCAGCAAUGCUUCUGAAUACCAGUUCUGGAAGCAACAAGAAGGGAGAGGGCUCUUGUGCUUGGAUCCUGCUUGUGUGCUUACCAAAAGAAGCAUCUGGUUGGCCACUGUGAGAAAAGGAUGCUGCACUAGAUGGGUCGUUGGCCUGAUCCAGCAUGGCUUAUGUUCAUUAGUUUCAGUGAGUCUACUCUGAGUAAAACUUAGUUGAAUGCCACCCAGUGGAAAUUAUUUCCAGGGAGACACGUGAUUAGAGUAGUCUGGGGUUCUAUGAAUUGUUCUCAUCCCUCUCCCCCUGCCCUCCCGGUACAAAUAAGCUGAUGUUCGUUUAUGGGGAGAUAAAAAAGGAUUCUGAGCAUACUCCUUUAGUAGAUUUGGCAAGCAAUUCAUUAUGACUGUUAAAACAUUUAUUUAAGAGUAUAUUUUACCCAGAUGUCUCUAUGCAUUACGACCUUCAAUGCCUUCUGCAAAAAUGAGAAAUGUAAAUGGAUUUGCAAGGUGGGAGUUAUUUGUUGUCUUCAAACAGUGGAUAUUGCAAUGAUAAAACCAUUCAAGUAUGUUAUUUCACCUCUCUCCCCUUUUACAGCCCAUAUUUUGUAUUGAAACGUGUUGUGUCUCAGUAACGUGCAAUAAAUUAUCUCACUAUGGUCACUAUCUAACUGCGCUCACAAUUAUCUUUUUUUAAGGCUGCCAAACACUAAAAGCAGGGCUGGGUGGGUAUCAUAAUAUGCUCCUCCCUUUAGGAGACCCCCUACCACUUUUAUUUUCUGCCAGAAUAGCUUCAAAAAACAACAGCAAGCUAGUCUCUGUCCUCAGGUUUGCAACCCAAAAAAAGCAAUGAAAGAUGAGGGAAAAGGGGCAGGUAGGGAGGAGGAAAAAAGCACUCUCAGGUAUCAGUUCUUGAAGCUGUAGCUCUUAAAAUAGUUCUGGCAGCCAGCCAACAUGAUGUUCUCCAAAUGACAGACACUAACUGUCACCAUUCCUGGUAACUGGCAAUGCUGGUAUAAUGAUAAUUACUUUACAUUUUAUAUCCCACCAUUGCUUCCAAGGAGCUCAAGGUGGAGUAUAUUGUUCUCCCCACUUCCCAUUUUAUCUUCACAACAACCUUGUGAGGUAGGUUAGGCUGAGAUAGGGCUGAGCAGGGAUUUGAACCCAGGUGUCCCAUGCCCUAGCCUGACACUAACCACUACACUACUGCUUGAUGGGGCUUGGAGUCCAACAUAUGAAAGGGCACAAUGAUGUCUACCCCUUGUGCAUGCCAAAACAGAUGAGUGGGAUAUUAAUGGAUAAUAAUAAUAGACAGGGUGAGGGGGUACAAUUUUUAAAAAAAUAAUAGACAGCAAAACUACCUUUUAGCUGCUCAGGCGCGUAGGAUGGUGAACAGAACAAUUUACAGUAUCCCCAAUUCUCAGCACUCUUAUCUUUCUCUCUCUCUGUGUUUGUAAAAACAGCUCCCAAAUAUCCCCGCCCCCCAAAAAACCCUGACUUUCAUUACCUUUAAAAAAAAAAAUCUAUAUCAGGAAUGGGGAACUUUCCGGCCUCACGCUCUUCCCUCCUUUUUGGGUAUGUGUGAGACAUUCACCAACAAUUGGCUUCGCGAAGAGACAAAAGAGCUCUCGCGCUCAUCAUGACUGCACACGUGCACACGAGUGGUGCUUCCGCGUAUUCAGCCGGGCUAGCCACACGGGGACCCGGAAGCGAGCGGCUACCUACAUCUCUACAAACUUCCACAUCUCUACAGCGUCUAUGAAGUUCCUCUCUCCGCCCCGCCCCGCCCCGCCCCUCUGUCAGCCUCCGUCACGUGCUCAGAACGCUCGGACGCCCGGCGCCGCCCUUCGCUUGCCCUGCUGCGGAAGUGACGCAAGGAUUCCGAAGGGCGGGGGAAGGAGGAGAAGGAAGAAGGAGGAACAAGCUGGUGAGGAGACGCAGGAGGCGGCGAAGGGCCCCCCAGGUGAGCCUGGCUGGCUGUGGGGCCGAAGAGGGAGGGGGAAAGGGGUUUCAAAACCCUAUGGAGUUUGGGGGUGGGGGGGAAGGAGAGUGAAAGGACCCCGCACCCUCCCCCUCCCAUCUCUCCUUCCUUACUGAGUAAUCUGGGAGCUUUAAUUGCUGUAAUUAUCGUGUUUGUCACUGAAUGGCCCUGCUAUUGUUAAGUUAUCUAUUGCAUUGAUGUCCCACCUUCUUCCCCUCCGAGGAGCCAAGGUGGGGAACGUGGUUCUUCUCCGUGUAAUCCCCACAACGACCCUGUGAGGUAGGCUAGGCUGAGAGACAGGGACUGGCCCAAGGUCACCCAGGGAGCUGCAUGGUUUAAUGGGGCUUUGAACCCUGAUCUCAGCCCAACACUUUAACCACUACACCACACUGGCUCAGUUAGGUUCAGUGGUUUCACUGGGUCAGCUUUGGGUAGAGCUUAGAAUUGGGUGCAACCCAUCAUAUUAUGUGGCUAAGAUCAAAGUGAAAGAUAUGUUGUGUAAAUCAUAUUUACGACGGCUUUAUUUUGCAAGUUAACUAUAACUCUGUGCUUAUCAGUUAAUGCAUUAUAUUUACCUUAUUAUAUCUUUAUUACUUAUGGAUCAACUGUACAUUAUAUUAUCAGUGAAUGAUGGUAUCGAAUGUUAAAAAUAAUUUUAGCAUUAUGGAUCUUAUCAAAUGUUAGCUGCUGUUUCCAGCUGCAUGAAUGUUUUGAGGUCUCUGCCUUUUUAAACCUAUCUUUGAUUUUUAAAACAGUUUUUCAACCUAUUGUUUUGAUUAUAUGGCUAUCAUUGCCCUUGAGACUUAAGUGAAAGGUGAUCUAUAAAGGGAUAAAUUAAUAAUAGUAAUAGUCAUACCUGGCAGUAGAUCUUUUGAGUUGCUUCCAGUUAAACUGCACUCAAGAGGAGACCCACCAAAAUGAAGGGGCCUAAGAACCUAGGACUUGCCGAUCAGAAGGUCGGCGGUUCGAAUCUCCAUGAUGGGGUGAGCUCCCGUUGCUCAGUCCCAGCUCCUGCCAACCUAGCAGUUCGAAAGCACAUCAAAGUACAAGUAGAUAAAUAGGUACCGCUCCAGCGGGAAGGUAAAUGGCGUUUCCGUGUGCUGCUCUAGUUCGCAAGAAGCGGCUUAGUCAUGCUGACCACAUGACCCAGAAGUUGUACGCCGGCUCCCUCGGCCUAUAGAGCGAGAUGAGCACCGCAGCCCCAGAGUCGUCCGCGACUGGACUUAACAGUCAGGGGUCCCUUUACCUUUACUCCUUGAAGCAUCUCCUAAGAUACUUCAUGUAGUAGAUGAUGUGUCAGUAUGAAGAAAAAGUGCCGUGUUUGGGACUCUUUAGUUUAGAGAAAAGAGUUGGCCACGACUGGACAUAAUGGUCAGGGGUCCCUUUACCUUUAAGGAAGUCAUGCCCAUUCAUUUUAGUGAGCCUACUCUGAGUAGGACCAACACUGGUUACAAUGAAAUCAGUGGACUUGAGUAACAAUGACUUCAAUGGUUGACUUUUUGAGUUGGACGUCACCCUAAGUGCUGCGUAGUGGGUCACUUCUCUCCUCCCCUGAGGACAAGGUGGUCCUUUAUGACCACAAAUGGUAGGUUACCUACAAUUAUAUACUUUAUUUUGAAUAUGUAAUUGCAUUGUAUAUAAAGACUUAACAACAGUAGAUAAAACUGGAAUUAAAUUUAGUAUUACUGUUAAAAAAAAAAUCAUGGUGAAGAAGCAGUUAUAGAUGGGCUGGUCUUCCCUGGCUUUGGAGGAAGAGUGCAAAGGUCCCUCUUGCAUAAACUGGAAACUUAAAACUAUAACUAGAACUGUUGUGUGAUAAAGUAUAAUUAGUUUUUGAGUUACUUUAAUAGUGAUUUACAGGCUUAUGCAGAUUUUUAUUUUAUUUUUUGCUUGGGAAGUUAGCAUGUUGUUCUCCAACUGUUGGUAUGGAGGUAAUCAUGUUUUGUUGUCAACUUAUUAACUGUGUGUGUGUGGCUUGUAGUAAUUUGUCUUAACUUUUAAAAUGAGUCAUGGGAGCUGCCCCCCCACCCAACAUAAGCUGGGAGCUUAACAUUAUUAUGAUGAGCAGUAUUAUAUGAAUUUUAUUUAUUUUAGCAUUAUGUUGAUAUCACUGUUAAAUGCAAUAAUAAACUAGUCAGUGUUGCAGGGUGGUUGUCAGGAGACAAAUGGAAGUGUGGGGAAAGAAUCAUACCGAGGAUUGGGGACAAAAUCGUAGCUCAGGUGGAUGCAUGUACGCCAAGAAUUAAGCAACAGGUAUUCUGAGCGUGUGAUCAGUCAAGGAAUUUUUGUAACCAGUACCAUAAUUAGGAUCCCAUGUUCUGACCCACAAAAGAUCACUAUUCGCUUUUCCCCAAGUGGUGUUUUCUAGCAAAGUAAUUUAUUCUUGCAUUGCAGGGGGUUAGACUAGAUGACCCUCAGGAUCCCUUUCGACUCUACAAUUCUAGGAUUCCAUGAGCUGUGGGUGGGUGUGUUUUUUUAGUUACUGCUUUUGUUAAAAAAUUGGGAGUUAGCACCCUUUGCUGCUAUACAUCAUUGAGAUCUACCAGUAGAUCCUAAUCGACUUUCUGCCCACCCCUGGCCAUACACCACCUUGAGUUCUCUGAGCUGGGAUAAACAAUAUUAUUUUUGAAGCAUCACAAGGUGUUUAGUACUACUUAUGGCGUACAAGAAGGCAGGUUCCUGCUCCUGAGGGCCUUAGCCUAUAAAAUGCAGCAUUGGAAGAGCUCUCAUCAUAAGAACUGAUGUCUGAGUUUGUUUCUUCCACUAGGCAAAUUUAAGCCUAAUCUCUAGUGGCAGGGAGUUCCACACCCAAAAACACACCCAAAAAAGAAAAAACGUCCAAGCAGUUUACAACACAUUAAAUAAAACAAUCCAGCAUAAAACAGAUUCAAGCUGCAAGGACAAUAUUUCAUAUUCUUCUCUAAGUGACAUUUUGCGUUCCUCAUAUUCAUCAUCUACUUAAUUUUUAUAGCUGCCCCAUAGCAGAAGUACUCUAGGAAGCCAGUGUGGUGCAGUGGUUAGUGUCAGACUUAAGACCUGGGAGAUCAGGAUUCAAAUCCCCUCUUAGUCAUGAUGCUCACUGGGUGACCUUGGGCCAGUCACAGCCUCUUAAACUACCUCACAGGGUUAUUGGAGGAAUUAACUGAGGAGCGACGUGAACCAUGGACUCCUUGGAGAAAAAGGCAGGAUAUAAAUGCGGUAAGGAAGCUCUUCUGCUUACCUGCUUAAGAGAGCUGGAGGGGCCAACUAGAUGGAAAUGUCUGUCGCCAACAUGGCAUCCAGAUAUCUCCAUGUGGUUGCAAUUGGGCCAGUGUCAGUCGCAAAACGUGCUGUACGCUUGGUUAAUUUCUAACACUUAUCCCAAGGGAGGUAGAGGGGGUGGGGAGGCUUCCUAUGGGGGUUAACAGAGAAUUGAGUGUAAGGAGGUAAACAGACAUUUCUGUCCUGUGAGCAGAUUUAAAAAUCUACCAGUAGACACACUAAACUGAAGUGUAUAUGGACAUAUGAAGAUGCCUUACUCUUGCUAAUAAUAAUAAUAAUAAUUUAUUUAUACCCCGCCCAUCUGGCUGGGCUCAUGUCCCCUAGUGCUGUUGACUCUCACUAGCAGCAGCUGUCCAGAGUCUCUUAUAAAGAGUCCUCUCCCAUCUCUUCAGCCUGGGUAGCUUGGUUGGUUAGAUCAUGGUGCUGAUAACACCAAAGUUGCCGGUUUGAUACCUUAUGGAACAGCUGCAUAUUCCUGCAUUGCAGGGGGUUGGACUAGAUGAUCCUAAGGAUCCCUUCCACCGCUACAAUUCUGUGGUUCUCCUAAAGGGCAAAUGCUGUAGCUCAGUGGUAGGGUGUCUGCUUUGCACACAGAAAGGCUCAGCUUCCAUCCUUGGCCUCUCUGGGUAGCACUGGGAGAAACCUGAGUCUGAAACCCUAGAGAGCUGCUGCCAGUGUAAACAGUUCUGAGCUAAAGGGGCCAACUGAUUCAGCCUAAGGCAUCCCAUAACUGAAGGGACCUUUUGCAUACACUGCACAGUGUGCUGUACCAGGAAGAGACGGUGGCUCUUCGCUGAUGGUGACCCAUCAGCACGGCAAUCUGCCCAGUGUUUUUUCUUCGUGUUUCUCUCACGCUUUUGAAGAGCAACGAUGCUUGGAGUUCUAAAACUAGAGGAAGACUCCAACUUCCUUUCCUAGGUCCUUGCUGCAGCUUGAAUCCCAGUUCUCUUCCUCUGUCCCUGCCUGCUGCCCCUUGCAUUUCCCCCGGCCGCUGAGCCUGGUGCUGCCUCUAGUGCAGACGUGGCUCCAGCCAGUUUGUUCCGAAGAUUAAUCAUCUGGAGCUGAUUAGUUUAUUAGAUCGGAAAAGGGCGGGGUGCGUUGGGGAAGAAAUGUUAGGGGCUUGUCUGGAAGAACAAUUUUGAUGUUGGUAUGUUACUGUGGUUUGGAAAGUGAAACUGCUAAAGAGUUCCUCCCACCCCCUUGAGUGGAGGUGUGCACCCCAGACUUUCUGGUACAAGUUGAAUUCCCUACCCUGUGCGCAGAAGAUCAGCGUUUGGACGCUACAUGGCUAAAUCAAGGACCCAGUUGUGUUUGUGCCCUCUCUCUCACCCCCCCCCCUUUCUGUCACUAGCAAGAGAUUGGUAACUGUGUUAAAGAGGACUUUCUGGGAACUGAUUCCCCCCCUAGGCUCUUGCCCUUCGCUCCCCUCUCCACCCCAUUUUUCAGAUGUAGCUGCUGAAAUGCUGCAAGGCUACUGUUUCCUUUUCUCUUUUUGUAGCAGAUUGACACUGCUGCCCCUAUAAAAAUGAGCUCCUGACCCUACUGCUUUCUAGCUCUGGCUGCUGUCUUGACUUGCAGGCAGCUCAGCCCCUCCCCAUGAUUCUCUGGUGACCUCACAACUUGACUGCCUUUUCAAAAUGCCUGUCAGGGGUUGCAGAACGCCUCCCUCUCCCCCUCUUUCUCAGCACCUUUCUGGGUUAAAUGGGUCAAGGGCAGCUAUCCCACUGUGUGCUGAGUGCGGCUGUGGAGUCGAGUUGCCUCCUAGAUCCUGCAGAGGAUUCAUGGAAAAUACUGAUGAUGAAGUCAUCCCAGUCCUUUCUGUUCCCAAGGCUUCUUGCAUACCGGUGACAUUCCUGAGUGCCUCUGCGUGUUUGACUCAGCACGAGCAAACAUUUGCACACUCUUAGAUGUAUUCCAGGCCUGCAAAGGCAGCUCUCCUCUUUUCCCAUCAGCGUUGGGCUGCCAAGUUUGCUUUCAACCUCCUACUUAGAAAAAGGGUGUUUUCAUUCACUGGUUGUCAGCUGCUCCUGAGGAACAGCAGAAGGCUUACUUGCAUUCUCGUGGCUUAGUUAGGACAGGCUUAAUCAUUUUCUGUUUGUUCCUUGUUCUGUAUGAACCUGUGCUGUUCCCUUAUUCUGAGUGAGGUCACUGGGACAGCUAAACCAAGAAGCUUCUCACCGUCUUGGGCAGAAGGAUAUUUUCCCUGUCUUGGGUUGGGUAGAAUGAGAACCCCUUGCUUCAAGGGUGGCCUAGGCUGAGUAAUUCUGCAUGAUGCUUCCCCUGUUCCAACUUGAAGUGUGCAGAUUCUGGGGCUCUUCAGUCUUGUACAAUGGCAUUAUUUCUUUCUCAAUUUUUUUUUUAUGUUAAGCAAAAAAACCAACAACAAAACACCCCUAACCUGAAGAAGAAUGCUGAGGAACUCAGUGCUUUCUUGCUUGGUGACUGUUUAGUUCAAUAAAGGCGUUACUGCUGCUACUCUUGGAUUCUCUCUCCUUUUGGAUGAACAUUCUACCUCCAGUUUUAAUCUCUGUAUAUUUUUCAUAUUUGCAUCUUGUGAAGUGACCACUUCCCUUGCCUACCAGCUCUAUGCAGGUUGCUUUUGCAUGCAGUUCCUGCCCCAACUGGGCCCUCCUUGCUGACUUGUUUUAUUUUGGUCAUUUGAAGGAAUGACAGACUGUCCUUGCAGGCCUCCACCCACUGGGCGGGACACAGUUUGCUUGACUAGCGCUUGCAUAAUCUCCUUGCAGACACACUUUGAGUGAGUUGCAUGAAAGCGCCUACCUUGCAUGACAAAUCUUGACAGUGUCAGUUUUUCCUUCUAGGUCCUGGUGAUAACUUCAUAGCUAUCAGGGUGGCUGAUAAUGCAUUUUCUGUCUGUGCUGUCUUGAUAGUUUUCUGCAGUUGGCCUCUUGUUCCUGCAAUUAUACUGAUUUGCUGUGAACUCAUAUUCUUAUCACAUGAUGCCAUGAGGCUGUUUUUCUCAUGUUUGGGGUGUGUGCCGCUGGCUGUCAGGAGCAGGUUGGCAAUAAAUUACAUGGCGUUAGUGGAGUUAAUUUUUUAUUCAAGGAAACAAGGUCAACUCAGGAGGCCGGGCCUAGUGAGCACAGCAACUCGUCCCAGUAAAUCUUGCUCCUAUAAGGCAGUUGUGCAGACUGAAGGUCCAUGGCCUUUCCACAGUUGCCUAAGUCUCCUCCUCCGCCCCUGAUUCCAUCCCAAGCAGUCUGAAACUUCGUCGCCAUGCCUGUCUGCUCCACCCUCUUCAUCCCUCUUCUGGCUUUGCUUUGCCGUCUUCUGGUUCUGGGAGACCGGGGGAGAGGUGAGCUGGUCACAGCAGGAGGAGGAGAACCCCUGGCUUUUUCUGCAGCCUGACUCAUCUCUGCCAGAAUGGUGGAAGAACGAUAGUCACAGACCUGUUUUACACACAGACUACACAUAGCCCUGUAUAUAAUUGUGUUGCCCACUCUAGGAAUUGCCAUGAUAAGAGGGAUGCAUGUGUAAAAAUUACAGUCCCUGAAUGCAAAGCAUGGCAUAGCCUCAGUCAAACAGCACUCAUAUUUUGGGUGGGCAGGUUGGUGAAAUAGUUGACAACCUCCCAUAGUGAUUUUGGUGCCAAGACUUUCUCUCUUUCCAGUGCAGAUAAGCUGGCCACCAGCCAGGCUGCUAUUUAGCUUGGCCUUAGAUCUUGUUUUUUGGGACCAUUUUAUGUUUAUAGCUCAAGUUCUGGACUGUCUUGGCCUGUGUGUGUGUGUGUUUCCUUUUGCUGCUAAAUCUUGCAGUGUAUUACCUUCUAAGAACAUGAGAGGAGCCUGCUGGAUCAGGCCAAUGGCCCAUCUAGUCCAGCAUCCUGUUCUCACAGUGGGCAACCAUAUACCUGUGGGAAAUCUGCAUUCUCUCUUGCGGUGGCUUCCAGCAGCUGGUAUCUGGAAGCAUUGCUGCCUCCAACCAUGACGGCACAGCUGAGCCAUCCCCGCUUGUAGCCAUUGAUAGCCUUCUCCUGCAUGACGAGACUCAUGGAACUCAUUGCUAAUCUAUCUAGUUACAACACUCUAUGACAUCUUUCCCCAUCCUGGUGCCCUCCAGAUGUUUUGAACUACAGCUCCCAUUGGCCCCCAGCAACAUGCAGCUGUGCUGGCAGGGACUGAUGAGGAUUGUAAUGCAAAACAUCUGGAGGGCUCCACGUUGAGAAAGAAGGAUUUCUAGGAUUGCAUAACAGGAGCUCUGCAACUUGGAAGAUGGCUUUGCUCUAGUAGCAUUUUAUUAAUACCUAUCUUGAACUCCUGAGGAACUAGGGAGGGGAGGUGCUGUGGCAUUUUAUUCCUGGCAUUGCACAUGCCACUUUCCCCAGCUGGUUUCUUUGAUUUGUGUAGGACCUCCCCCACUUUUGCUUAUUUGAGUGACAUUUAAAAACAACCCCCUUUUCCCUCCCACCACAGCAGGAGCAAGAUGAGCCUGAAGUCGGAACGCCGAGGCAUCCACGUGGACCAGUCUGAACUGCUCUGCAAGAAAGGAUGCGGUUACUAUGGCAACCCGGCUUGGCAGGGCUUCUGCUCCAAGUGCUGGAGGGAGGAGUACCAAAAGGCCAGGCAGAAGCAAAUCCAGGAGGACUGGGAGCUGGCUGAGAGGUAAGGAGGUGUUGGCGCCAGGGAGAAAUGCUUAGCUCCAGCUUUUGUAGCAUUGCCACAAAUUGCAUGUUAAUCUGUGGCUUGAAUUGCUUUUUUAAACAGCCCUCUACAAAGAUAAUGCUUAGUAACAUGUCAGUUCUUUGGUAGGAUAUCGGAUGGGGACAGCUGAAGUGUAUGUGUGUGUGACUGAGAGGGGGCGUUUUGGUCAUGGCUGGGCUGAAACUGCAAUGUGGAGAGUUCCCCAAGCAGUAAGGAACAUGGGAAGCCAGCUCAUACUGAAUCAGGACACUGGUCCCUCUAUCUCAGUAUUGCCUACACUGACUGGCAGUGGCUCUCCAGGGUUUCAGGCAAGGAGUCUUUUCCAGCCUUUUCUUUUAAAAAUCUUUCCUUGAUCAGAGAAAAAACACCCCCCACAGUGUUUCAUAAGGCCCAUAGUUGUUGUUCUUCACACACAAGAUAAUUAAAACACGAAACAGCAUAUAUAUUUACAAGAAGACUAAAACAAGUGGAUGCUUGUGGUAUCCAACUGGGAAAGCUUAUUGGAACCAAAAACAUCUCCAGCUGUUUCUGUAGAGGGCAAAUAGAGUGUGCCUACUUCAACCAAACCGAUCAAUGGUUUGGAGCACAUUGAGGAACAACAUUUUUGGCUUUUUAGUUUAGACAGAGGAAUUGAGAGGCCGGGACACAAAAUUAUGCACAGUGGAAGGAGUUUCUCUCUCUCUCUCUCUCUCUCCCCUCUCAUCUCAUAAAACAAAGACCCAAGAAAACUGAACACUGGAUGACAACUGGAAGUGGUUUUUCAUACAGCACAUGGUUAACCUGAGGAAUUUGCUGCUGCAGGAUGUAGCAGUACCGCGUUGUCGUACGUUUUGGUUCUUGAACGCUGAAAACCCGGAAGUAAAUGCUUCCAUUUUCGAACUUUUUUCAGAACCUGAAUGUGUGACGCAGCUUCCGCUGAGUGCAAGAAGCUCUUGCAACCAAUGGGAAGCCAUGCCUCGGUUUUCUAAUGUUUCGGAAGCUGAACGGGCUUCCGGAACGGAUUUUGUUUGAGAACCGAGGCACCACUGUAUAUGGUCUAGCAGCUGAUUGUCUCUGUUCUUGCAUUUCCAGCCCUCCUGGGACAGCUAAGGGGAAAUAAGCAGAGAUUUAUACCAAAAUUGGUUGGGCAAUUGUCUGGAUAGGGUAGAACAAAGCUUUCAGAAUUCUUACGCUUGAUGUGUGUGUACGUGCGUGUGUGCUCACACAUUGACACAGUAUAAAGGGAUCACAUUCUUGUGCUCUGGGUGCAAAUGAAUAAAUGAAAUUUCUGCAAGUAGAAAGUUGGCAGACUGUGAAAUGAGCGAGAUAAAACCAUUAUGCUUGAUCUGCUAAUUCUUCUGCUUGCGGGGGUACAUUCAGAAAUGGUAUGCACUUACUGCAGUCUAUAGUAUUGCUAUUCCCAGCCUGCUUCAAGGUGUAGGCCAGAAGCCUGGCUUAAAUGUGUGACUUGAUUUUAUUGUGGAGCCAGAAUCUGACCCUGGAGGAGACAGGAGGGAUUCCCAGCGGCUGGUGAAACUCAGCAUCAGUGCUUCUUGCUGGAACUAACUGUGGCUCUGUUUUCUCCACCUGGUUGCAGGCUUCAGCGUGAGGAGGAGGAGGCCUAUGCAAGCACUCAGCACCCUCAAGGGGCUCAGUCGCUCACGUUCACCAAGUUUGAGGAGAAGAAAACCAACGAGAAAUCACGGAAGGUGACGACGGUGAAGAAAUUCUUUGGGGCGUCAUCUCGACCGGGAGCUAAGAAGGGUAAGCGGGGAGAGCGGUUAGGGGGGGGCUUUUAAAAACAGCUGGGUAAUGAUUUCAAGUUUUUCUGUUUCACUAGCCUUUUGGAUUGGUAUACAGCAAUUAUUGUGGCCCUUUCCAGACUCUUAAAUCAGUUGGUCUGAGUCAUCACCUAACUCGGAAAAAUAUUAUUUUAUGAUAAGCCAGCAGAGCUCUCAAAGUGCACAACCCACAGCACAUACAGCUGCAUUACCUUUAUCGUAAAGGAAACGCUACAGCUAAUGACAGCAUUGAGAGCCACAUUUGCUCCUUUGCUCUCAGCCAAGAUGAUCUUUGAGAUGGCCUUUCUGCGCAGGGUUGGAAGAAGGGGGCCAGGGCCGGGGGGCGGCGGAAGCCAGAGCUUGCAACCCAAGAGUAUCAGUCUGCAGUUUCAAAGGACAGGGGCAGGAAGAGACAGUGUAGGCACUGGGAGAUUCCCCUCUCUGCCUGUUUUAACCCCUUCACACACCCUUCUCAGCAAGUCCUAUGCCACACUAUAAAACUACCUUCAGUUCAUCAGGGCCUCCUUUCCUGUCUGUGAACGAGAACUGCCAGAUAUUUGGUCUCUCCUCUCCUCCCUCUCCCUUAACUGUGUCACCCUUGGGAGUCCUUGCCUUUUUUGCAUUUGUUCCAGCCGCUCAGGAGUCCAGCGUUAAGUCCGGACAGCUUGGGAAGGAGCUCAGUGCUGAUAACCUUCUCAGGGACUUGAAGGAGAUUUUUACUCCACCCUGGGAACUCUCUUCUCCUGCUGAAGGUAACGCGGCCCAGCCGCACCAAACCCGCCUCUCUGCUCAUUUUAGCAGCUUUGCCGAAUCCAAAGCUAGGGUUGUGCCAGGAGUAGCUCCCAUAGAGCCUCUCAUCAAUUGAUCAAACUGCUUCCUUACCACCUUUCCCGUCUUGGAAUUGGAGACACUGCAGUCCUUCAAAUUGAGUGCGUUCAUCAUUUCCCUGCAAGAUGACACAAAUAGCAGUUCUAUUAUUUUGGUUGAACUUUCUGCCGGAAGGGCCAAGACCACGACUCAAGUUAAGCAAAGAACUAAAGCAGCAGGUUUUUAUUAUUUAUUGAUUUAUUGCAUUUUUGUCCCACCUUUUCUCCAAGGAGUACAAGGUGGCAAACACGGUUGCCCCCUCUCCUCAUUUAAUCUCCCGCAACAACCCAGUGAGGGUCGGUUAGGUUGAGAGGCAGUGAGUGGCCCUUGAAGUUGCCCAGUGAGCUUCAUGGCUGAGUGAGGAUUCGAACCCUAGUCUCCCAGGUCAUAGUCCCAACCAUAGUCUUAACCAUUAUGCUACAUUGGUAUUUCUACCUUUGCUAGCUUGGGCUAUGGAGCAGAAAGUUACAGUUCAAUACAGUCAUACUUCAUGUUACGUUCUUUCAGGUUACGUCCCGCGGCGACCCGGAAGUACCGGAAAGGGUUACUUCUGGGUUUCGCUGCUCGCGCAUGCGCAGAAGCGCAAAAUGAUGUCACGCGCAUGCACAGAAGUGGUGAAUCGCAACCUGCGUGUGUGCAGAUGCGCUGCUGCAGGUUGCAUUCUUUUCACGUUGCGAAUGGGCCUCCGGAACGGAUCCCGUUCGCAACCAGAGGCAUCACUGUAGAAGGGAGCAAUUUUACUAUGAGGAUGCAAGAACAUGGAGGCAGCUGCACUGAGCGAACUGUGGAACCUGCUUCCGCAGGAGGCAGUGAUGGCCACUGACAUGGAUGGUUUUAAAAAAGCAUCAGACAAGUUCAUGGAGGAUAAGAAGGCUAUCCUUGUCUGCAAGCCGUGAUGGCUUUACUCUGCCUCUGCGGUUGGACGCAGCAAUGCUUUGAAUACCAGUUGUUCUGGAAACCGCAGGAGGAGAGAAAGAGAGCUGUGGUGCUUGAGUCCUGCUUGCAGGCUUCCCAGAAGAGGCAUCUGGGUGGCCACUGUGAGAGCAGGAUGCUGGACUAGAUGGGCCACUGGCCUGAUCCAGCAGGCUCCUCUUGCGUUCUUAGGUGUUUGAGCAUCACAAGGCUGCGUACAAAAAUACCUGCAGAAUAAAUAAAAUAGCAGCUGGCAUCAGGCCAGAGCAGAUAUAUUUCAAGCUGUUGUGAUCACCUGGUAUCAGGGUCUAGCAAAGGUGGGAGAGAAUAUGUUUUUAGUGAGAUGCAGAAGGGUCUUCUGUUUCUGCACCUGUCUUGAUUCAGAAGGGAGGCGAUUCCAUGAGGAUGUCCUCCCGCUGGUCGCAGUCAGGCAGGUCUCUGCAGGCUGCAGCAGAGCCAGGAGGACCUUGUCAGACGACCUCAGCUGCUGUGGAAGGAGCAGGCAGCUGCCCAGGGGCUGGUGGGAAUUGUAGUCCAGAACCUCUGGAGAGCACCUGAUCAGCAAAGGCUGCUCUACAAUUUGCUGAGGGCCUGCAGGGACUUUUUCUUAGAGAGUUUCUUGCCAUUAAGCAGUAUGUAAAUCUUGUUUAGAUAAAUAAAAUAAGAAGCCAGAAGCUACCCAUGUUCCUUUGGGAGGAAGGGAGGGUUAUAAAUGUAAUUAAAACAUUCCAGAAGCUAGCUUAGGAGCCUAAAAACUUGGUUCUUUCCUUCAAGAAAAUAUGGAUAAAAAUACUUGCUGCAUUCCACACGGUUUUAACUUACAAAAGUGUUGAAUGUGCAUAAUGGAGUCUCUUGUGUGCAUUGAUGUUUCUUCUCUUAGAUUUUAAGCAAAACUAAAAAAUUCUCAGUCCUUGAGACUGUUCUGAAUUGGAAUAUUUCCUUCCGGCUCUAAGAAGGGCAGAUUUUAAAAAAAGGCUCUGAGAGAUAGAAGCUGUUGGAUCAAAGCUGCCCCUCCAGGCCAUAACAGUGAAAAGGGGAAAUUAGGAGUUGUAUGUGACGGAAAUGAGAUUAUAUUAUUUCUAUUUUUUUUUAGGUCAACUAUUAGUGUUCUUCUUCCUUUAAAAAAGCAAGUCUUUGAAUGUAGAAAUAGAACAGGGCUGAAGGUGCCCUUUGUCAUAAUUAUAACCACACACUAUGACUCUGCCCCUAGUCUGCAAAUUGACUGACCUUACAUAAUUCUAGUUUUGCUAGUCUUGGGAGGGGCAGGGACUCUGAAUUAAUUUUAUUUUAUUUUUCAGUUCAAUUCAGUCCAGUUUAUAUUCGGCUCCUCUUUACUGAGGAGCCAUGGGCAGGAAACAGAUGUACCAUUUGAAACAAAAACAAAGCAAACAUUUUAAAACAUUCUAAAAACAUAAUAAAAAACAUCUACAAUCAGUUUGCCGUUCAAAAAAUUACUUUGCAGGCCAUUAAACACAUUUUCCCAUCCCCUGUUCUCAGGGUUGCUAGGAACAGUCUUCUUCAGUCACCAUAUGCACCUGGAUCAAUAGGAACAUUUCUCCUGAAUAAGGACGGAGACAAUCAUGCUUCACUAGGGAAGGUAUUCCACAACCAGGGAACCUCCACUGAAAAGGCUCUGCUGUGGGUCAGCACCAGGUGGGCAGCCCCGGUGGCAGCCCCACCAAGAAGGCCUCACUUGCUGGUCAUAGGGUCUGAGGUGGUUAGUAUUGGGGAAGAUGCUCCCCCUCCAGUUGCUUGACCAGUUUUCUUGCUUCUGAGAAUUAAGCAGUCUUAACCCACACACUUCCAACCCUAACUUUGUCCCAAUAAGGACUAGAAACAUGUUUUAAGGAAUAAAAAGAGAGCUGGGUGUAUCCACAGCCAUAUCCUGCACUUUUUUUGGCUUUCCGAAUCCAAGCUUUUCUAUCUGCAGCGGUUUUUGUUUCUGUUUCUUUGCCUUUCUCUAACCUGUUUUUUCAAGGUUUCUGUGGGAUCCAAUUUUAAUAGAAACAGCUUCCUACAUGGUUUCUGUUGUGCUUGCAGAACACAUUUCCCAUUCACCAUAUCUGUCCGGAAGGCCGAUGGGAACCCAGGAAGCUGCCUUAUAUUACGCUAAGGCAGAUGUUGGUCCAUUUAAGAUGGUGCUUCCUACACUGACUGGCAGCAACUCUCCAGUUAGAGUAUUCCCAGAGCUACCUGGAGAUGCUGGGGGUUGUACCUUGGAUGUUUUUGCGUGCAAAGCAGAUGCUCUCCACCACUGAGCUGUGGCUCUUCCCUGCUGCCACAGAGCUAGAUCUGAUGUGCUUAAAUUACAGGGUGGUACAACUCUGUUUCACAGAAAGCUGCCUUAUACAGAGUCGGGCCAUUGGAUCAUCUGGCUCAGUAUUGUCUACACUGGCAGGCAGCCUUUCUCCAGAGGUUUCAGACAGGGCAACCAGCUCAACUGGAGAUACUGGGGAUUGAACCUGGGACCUUCUGCAUGCAAAGCAGAUGCUCUGCCACUGAGCUGCAGCCCUUCCUUAGGUCCCCCAGCUUUUCCUGAGCACUACCUCUUUGUGUUCUUCUGAACACAGUAGGGCUCUCCUCUUCCUUGCUGCUUUUUGCCAAAAUUCUUAUGAGCUGCACUGAUUGGCUGUUUCAAAAAAUUGUACUCCCUCCCUCCCUCCCCACCCAAAAGUUGGAUAUCGCAUUUUUGAAGUCAAAGGCUGGAUCAAAUUUAUUUUAUGUUAUUUAUCACAUUUAUAUCCUACCUUUUUCUGCAGGGAGCCCAAGGUGGCAUACAUGAUUCCGCAUUUAAUCCCCACAAUAACCCUGUGAGCUUCAGAGCUGACUGGGGAUUUGAACCCUGGUCCCUCCCAGGUCCAACAUGAACCACUACACCACAUUGGAUUAAGCUAGGGGUUUCUGGCAGAAGCCAGCUAGAUGAUGCUGGAGUGUCUCGCGGCAUGGCAUGGUAGCAAUGGUGUCCCAUAUCCUGGACCCCAGCAUCCAGCAUGAAAGGAUCCAUCACUUCUAAGAUUCCCUGAUUAGUCUCUUGCCUCUGGAAUUUGCCCUCUGUGAUAACCUACCUUCCCGAUUUCUCUUCCAAAUGUCAUUGCCGAGGAAGAACAUGUGGUUCAAAACCUGGCCUAAGUGGCCUUAAAUGUCUAGUGAGUUAAAUCCUUGCUCUCCGUAAAACUGCUAAGAUUCCAGAAGUGGAUCUGUUCUGAACAGUUACCAGGUUUCGGACAAUUUGGGCAUCAUAUCGCAUCAUAUCGCCCGUGAUAUUUAGACUCCUGACCGUCUUCUCCCUGCCCUCCCCAUAACGCUACAACAAGUGCGAGGAACCUGUGGCACCCCAGGUACAAAGGGACUCCAGCUCCCUUCAGCCCUGCUCAGCUUGGUCAGUGGUCGGGGGCAAUGGGAGAGUUGUUGGAGGGCUGUAGGGCCCCACUGCUGCUGGGGUGUUUGGGGAGGAUCAGGUCUCUUAACCACAAUCAAAUCCUUAAAAAAGGCUUAGACAGAUUCCUGGAGGAGAGGGCUGUUGAUGGCUACUAGCCACGAUGGCUAUGCUCUGUCUCAACAGUUACAGUGAUGCUUCUGAAUACUGGUUGCUGGAAACCACAGGAGAGGGUACUGCAUGUGAGUUCUCACAGGGAUAUGGUUGGCCACUGUGAGAAGAGGAUGCUAGACAUAAGUGGGCCUGAUUCAGCUGGGCUCUUCUUAUCUUAACCACAACUCUCAUAAUCUCUUGACCAAGGGUUGGGGCUGAUGGGAGUUGGAGCCUGGCAGUGGCUGGAGGGCUAUGACCCCACUCCCUGCCCCUCAAGCGCGGGGGGGGGGGGGAGGCUCUGAAGAAGGAACACAUAUUGCUUCCUGUAGUCCUGGAGAAAUUACGGUCCUCUGGCACUUGCUUAGCCAGGAAAGUGGCACAACCGUAGUGCGAGGCUUUAGGCUGAUGUGGAUGUUCCUCUAGAUGACAGUUUUCACUGAUGCUUUGCCUGCCUUGGAGCUUCCUGUGUGUUUCUGUGUCUUGCGGUGAGUCUCCACCUUCCUAUCCCCCGCCCCACCUGUUCAAGUAGAGGGUUUGGGGGUUUGGUGUUUGUGUGAAAGGGGCUCCAAAGGGGCAGGCGUGCUUUUAAGCCUCCGCCGUGUACAUUGGGCUGCAGCAAAGUCAACAGUGAAGACGCUUGGUGUGACCAGUUGCACGUCUUCAAGACCCCCAUGUAGAAGUCACUUAAAAGAUAAUGCCAGGCUGUGUGUCCUCUUUGGGUAGAACACUGUUUCCUGGACACUCUCUGUCUUCAGUGUGUGUUUGUGUGUGUGUCUUGUGCUCAGUCCCACAGCCCCACUAAUUUCCUAAUCCAUACAUUUUCCCUCUCUUGUGCCCCUGCCCCUGAGCUAGAUACACAAACCCAAAAAGGGUGUAUGUGCUUUUUGUUUGUGUUUAAAAAGCUCAGAUAAACUCAUUUGUAUUGCCAUGUGGUUCAGACAUCUUAGUGGUGCCUCAUCAUGGCUUUUUUUUUUUUAGGGGGGAGGGGGUGCCUAAAAUACGAAAAAGUUGAUAUUCAAUUUUGUUAGGUCUGUACAUACUUAAUUUCCUUACCCCAUCCAUUGGAAAUGAGGUUAGUCUAAGCAAAUAUGAAAGGGACACACUCUCUCUCCCUCUUCCCCCUGCCCCCCGGAAAUCAGUAGAGAGAGAUGCAUUGAAAUAAAACUGAUAGUGAUAAUAAUAAUUAAGACAGGAUAUGUAAGAGAGAAGAUACCAUAGCAGGAAAGAAGGAAAAAAGAAAGGAGGAAGAAAGAGAUGAAGGAAGAAGAGAAGGAAAGAAGGUGGGGGAAAGGGGAUGAGAGUGUGUAAGCAUGUAUGAUGCAGAGGGAAGGCACUCAGAAGUCAGGUAGCUGAAAAUAGGUUAAAAGAGGAGAGUUUUUGUGCAUGUUUAAAAGAAGUUGCUCCGGUGGGAAGGUCAGCUUACCUGGACCAGCCCUGCCACAGAGCAGUGAUAAGCAAUUCAUUGCCAUCUUGCAUCACUGCAUACUAAGGAGCUCCUGGUGGUUGGAUGCUAUGGUUGCUGGACAGCCAUUAUUUAUUUUAUUUUUAGUUUAACAUUUGUAUCCCACCUUUUCUUUUCUCCAAGGAGCUCAAGGUGGUAUACAUGGUUCUGCCUUUCCUUAUUUAGCCCUCACAGCAACCCUGUGAAGGAUUAUUAUUUAAUCUAUUUAUAUCCCACACUUUCUCCCAAGCUGGGAUUUGAGGCAGCUUCCACCACUUAAAAACAUCAUUACAAAACGCAAAUUAAUCAUAAAAAACCUUGUUAGUAGUUAAAAUAUAUCAGGUGCACUGCCUGCACCUUCGUUUCCAAAGGCCUCUCUGAACAGCAAGAUCUUAGCAUGCCGGCAGAAGGGAGCCAGCCUGACCUCUCGGAAGGGGAUCCCCCAGUGUGGAAUGUGGGAGCAGCCACAGAAAAGGCUCUCUUUCAGGUUGCCAGGGACGCAGGGAAGGUGCUCACCGAGGACAUUAGCACCUGGGCAGAUUUGUACAGGGAGAUGCGAUCUUCCAGGUAGCCUGGGCCCCAGCCCGAAAUGGUGAAACGCCUCCUGGUGUCUUCCCCUCCCUCUUGCAAACCGACAUCUGUCAUCAUGUGCCCUGCCUCUGACACAUUUGUGCUUUGCUCGCUGUUGUAUUUGUGAAACGCAAACUGAGACUGUCCUGUGUUUUGUUCUCUCUCUCUCUCCUUCUCCCUCUCUCUUUUCGUUCCAUCGCUUUUCGCUCGUCUGCCCUGCUCCAUUUGCGUCGCCUUCUCACGCUCCAUCCCUCCAUUCCGAACAGUCCUGGUUGGCAAACGGAGAGGUGGGUGACUUUCCGCUGCAUUUUGGAGCGCACCGUGACAAUGUUUGGCUUUGCUUGCGCCUUUUUGUGUGUUUGCGGCCUGCGGAACGCUGUCUCGUCUCCUUUUUGAUCGGGGCUGGUGGCCAUUUUAAAACACUGUGUUGCUUAAUUUAUCUUUUGGCAGCCUUUGGAGCCCGCUCUUUGGCUGAAAGGGCUCCCGUAGUGGCUGGCAUGCAGACAAUUGCAUCAAGACAGUCCCUGCCUACACAGGCUGCCAAACCAUAAACAGAAAGUGCGACAUACGAGGGUAAAGGAAUGGGCAGGGAAGAGGAAAAAAACAAACUCGGGCACCAUGGAAUCAUAGAAUGGUAGAGUUGGAAGGUACCGCUGAGGGUCAUUUAGUCCAACCCCCUGCAGCACAGUUCUUAGAACGACUAGCUGUCGCAGUUCAGAAGCAGGAGGUGCCUAAAGCAGCUGGACAUUUGGCAAAGCUGAUGGAGUGAGCUGCCUGCUUCCCAUCCCUCCCACUGAGGCAGUCUGGUGCUAAGGCUGCCCCCAGGCAACAUUUGAGGGAGAGGAAACCUUGUCAGUCUGGAAAUGCUUGGAUGGAGCUUUGUGCUUUCUGCAUAUAAAGCUUCUACUCAGGUACAGUUCUCCCAAACCAUUAUUCUAUGGCAGGGGGUGCCAUGAGGGUGCCAGUACCUCCUCUGGUGCCAGCGAAAGAUCACCUCAAAAAUCCACAGCGCAGGGGAGACCCUUUGCUCCUCCAGCUCAGUUUCUUUUGCACUGGCUUGGCUUUCCCUACAUUGAACAUGCCAAAAUUGGAUACCCACUUCUUCCCUUCCCUUCCGAACAGAGGAUAGAUGCAAUGUUGCUCUCCCCCCCAAGUGCCCACACCAUUUUUUGGCUGCUAUUUCUGCUCUUUUAGAGGUGGCAACCAUUUUGUGUUCUCCCCCUCCCUUGGCAGCCAUCUUAUGACAGGCGCACCAUGGACUUUCUCAACAUUCCAAAUGGCCCAGUGAUGGUUAGUGACCCCUUUGCAGUUCAUAAUAUAAACCUGGCAGGAGUGAAGUCAAAUAAUGGGGUGCCCUAAAGGUUGUGCCGUCUUCUCUCCCGCAGAUGUCCCAGACGCUAAGGCUCCCAGCCCUUCGAUCAGCCGGCAAGUCAGCAUCGAAACGGACCGGGUGUCCAAGGAGUUCAUUGAGUUUCUCAAGACGUACCAUAAAUCCGGCCAGGAGAUCUACAAGCAGUGCAAACACUUUUUGGAAAACAUGCACCACAAGCGGGUGGGUCCCUCUCGCAAGAGCGGAGAGGCCUCGCUUUCCGUCGGAGGCUCUGGGAGUGAGGGUGGGUGGAAUUAAAACCAGGGACUUGCUUUUGAGGGAGUGAAAUUAAUGUAUAUUAGGUGUUGAGCUGACUUGUGAAAAUAGACUAUGCCCCUUCAAAGAAUGUGAAUGUCCUGAUUAUCUGCUCAAGUAGUAUACUUUUGUUAUAUUUAUGGGGAAAGUAUGCAUACGUACUUCAGUCUUUACUGCAGGAAUAUUUGAAAUUUGGCCCAGAUGGAGCUGCCACAUCUUAAGAUAACCUACUCAGAUUUUAUGUUGGGUUUUUCUUGGGGAUAGUUGGUAAACAAGGGGGGAAAGCUUUGGAAAUAGAUACAGUGGUGCCUCGCAAGACGAAAUCAAUCCGUUCCGCGAGUCUCUUCGUCUUGCGGUUUUUUCGUCUUGCGAAACACGGCUAUUAGCGGCUUAGUGGCUAUUAACUGCUUAGCGGCUUUAAGAAAAAGGAAACAAACUCGCAAGAACUCGCAAGACGUUUCGUCCAUAGGAAAUUCGUCUUGCGGAACGACUCAAAAAACGCAAAACCCUUUCGUCUAGCGAGUUUUUCGUCUUGCGAGGCAUUCGUCUUGCAGGGCACCACUGUAUUGGGGAAAACCAAUGCAGGUGUCACAGCUAAAGACCCUCUGGCAGAACGCCAUCCAGCCUCUGUUUUCAUUGGAAGGUGGACCACCUUCUGAAGUAGUCUGUUCUACAGUUGAGCAGCUAUUGCCGUCAGAAAGUUCUUCCGGAUGUUUCCUCGGAAUCUUCUUUCUCGUAACUUUGCAUUGCCUAUUCUCACCUGCACGACUGGUGCUCUUUUCCAGGACCUGAGUAUUGAGGAACAGUCCGAAUAUGCCCAGGACUUCUACCAGAAUGUGGCAGAUAAGUUGCAGAGCCGCUGGAAAGGUAUUUCUCAUUUCUGCUCUUAGCUGCCGAUAGGUAGUGGGGCUUGGGAGGGAGGCAUCCACACACAUUACAGCUUUGGUUGCAAGACAGCCACGGCUGUUCUGGGAUUGGGAAAGCUUGAACACAGUUGUCCAUUCAUUGGUAACCUCACAGUUGGACCUCACAGCUACCCCAUCUUGCUCACAGCGGCCAACCAGAUUUCUGUGGGAAACCCUCAAGCAGCACUCUCCCCUCCUGUGGUUUCCAGCAACUGGUGUUUGGAAGCAUUUCCGCCUCUGACUGUGGAGGCAGGGCAGAGCCAUCAUGGCUAGUAGCCCUCCAUAGCCUUUUUUGUGAUUGCGUGGGCCUCUUUUCUGUGGGAGCAUGCAAGAGGGAACUUUAAAACACAGCGUGAGCACCUGACACUGAGGAGAGUCAUGUUCUUUCGCAUCCUCCCCACAACAAGAAGGAAUUUAGGGCACAAGGGCUUGGUCCUGUGAUGCUGUAGAGUUCAGAAAAUGGGCCCUCUGACCCUUGGCUCUUGAGCCGGUCUCAAGCUUCUAGUUCAGAAACCACAACAACAGCAAUUUAUUAUCUAUACCCUGCCUGGCCACUCCGACCAGCCACUCCGACUACUUCCAACAAAUUAUAAAACCACAGUAAAGCAUCAGACAUUAAGAACUUCCAUAUUCAGAUGUUUUCUAAAUGUCAGUUAUCUCAUUGACAACUGAUGGAAAAGUGUUCCACAGGGUGAGCACAACUACUGAGAAGGCCCUCUGCCUGAUUCCCUAUAACCUCGCUUCUUGCAAUGAGGGAACCACCAGAAGGCCCUCAGAGCUGGAUCCGGAUCUCAGUGUCUGGGCUGAACGUGUUUCCUUUCCUUUUCUUUUUUGUAUAUAAUUUUUAUUAAAUUUUCUGUUUUGCAGUUUAAAACACUCAUUUUUACAUCCUUAAGAUAUCAGUGACUUCCCUUCUUCUCUUUCCACGGUUCAUUUUACAUAUCAUUAAUCCCUGCAUAUUUUACAAAAACUAUACCGUUCAGUAUUCCAUUAGUGCAUCCAUCAAAACUUAUUUACACUGUUGAAUUUAUCUUAAUGCUGCCAGCGUUUUCAGCUGCACACAAUUAUUUCCCAUAUAUUCAAUAAACAUUUGCCAAUCUUCUCUAAACAUAUGUUCUUCUUGUUCUCUUUUUCUGUAUGUUAAGUCUGCAAGCUGCACAUAUUAUGUCAACUUAAGUUGCAAUUCUUCUUUGGUUGGGACCUCGCUCAUUUUCCAGUAGUAGCAUACAUAAGGGGCUGAACGAGUUUCCUGGUUCAAGGGAGCCCACUCCUGGUCUGAUCUAGCAGGGCAGCUCUUAAAGGAGAGCUCUUGACUAGAAGAUGCUCAGGUGUUUUCUCAGGCAGCAUUUGGCUAAAAACAGGUGGAACCAGAAGCUUGGUGCAGACUCUGCCUCCGCUUCUUCGAACUGUGUGGGGAAGCCAGGUAUUCUUUGAUCUCGGGAUGUCUUCUUUUCAGUGUCCCCGGAAAAAGCGGAGAAGGCGAUGGACCAGAUCGAGAAGUAUGUCAUGACUCGGCUUUACAAAUACGUUUUUUGCCCGGAAACCACGGAGGAUGAGAAAAAGGACCUUGCUGUCCAAAGGAGGAUCAGGUACGGCUCUGGGAAGGCAGGGUGCCCCCUUGGGGAAAGUUGUUCUGCCGUCAGCUUGAUAAGCCUUUAUGUAGUUGCUACGCUUCUGCCUGCUUCAGGGUGGCACCAAGGUGUGUCCUUGCCUCGUUUGUAAACCCCCACUUAAAAAAAAAAGUUUCAAAAUGACAUUUUUGGUAAAGUAUGCAAACAAAUAAAAAAUGUAAAAACAAGCAGGAACAUAGUCCACUAAGCUAAAACAAAACACAGUCUGGGUGGGUUACCACUGACCCUAGCAUUACAGGGAAAGCAAGAGAUUUUGAAUUAAUUUUAUUACUCAUUUAUAAACAUAUUUUUAUACCACUGUAUAUCAAUUAAAAAUUUAUAGCAAUAAAAAGAGAAAAUCAUACCAAAAACUAUCAUCUUCGUUUUUGAAAAGCAGACAUUCGUUACCCAUUGUGGAAGACGAUGUAUUCUUAAUUACCUGCAUAAGCCUGGUGGAAUAGAAAAAAAAAAUCAGCAGGCAUUUAAAAGUUGGCACAGAAGGCGUCUGCUUGACUCUCCAGUGGCAGAGCGUUCCACAGGACUUUUACACAGUCACAGUAAACGAGUAGCCCAUUUAUAAGUCUUUGUGUGCUAUUUGGUCUCAGCCCCUGUAGUUUUCAAGCCAGCAACCAAUGUUGCUUGGGAAUCUUACCCAGACACAUAGAUUUUUGAGUGGCAGGUGCAGGAACCUGACCCUGUAGUUGGGUCAUGCAAGUUAGAGGCCACUGCGUACUAUCAAAUGUACAUUUUUAGCUGGAUUCCUCUUGCAUGUCUCAUCCCUCCCCCCAAUAAAUUUUCUGCUACAGUCAACUUUGGUCCACCAGCCUUUAAAACAAAAUGGUGCAGGGUAUAUCCCUAGUGAUGAAUGUCUAAUCGGGCUGCUCCUGAUAAUGAAAGGAGGAUUAAUGUCUUGUAAUUUGUAUUCUGUACACUGUAUUAAAAACAGAAUAACAAUAGCAGCAGCAAAACGAUGUUUAGAAAAAAGCAAUUUUCUGCUAUUCAUCCCUGUAAUUUACUUAAUUGUCAGUUUUUAUUUUUACAUGGUUUUUACCGCAGGACAUCAGGUUCAGAAAGGAGUAUUACAUGGGUUAGCUACUAAUUUUACAAAUAAGAUUAAAUCAAUUUCAUUUGAAGAUUAUAUAUUAGCAUACCAGGCCCAAGAAAUACAGAAAUAAGUAGUUGGUGGUUGUAUUCAGUUUUUAAAAUAUUUUUUCUGCUUGUUCUUUUUUUUAAAAAAAGUCUUGUUUUAAAAUAUUUUCAGCUUGUUGAGCAUGUUAGUUUGCCAAGAAGGUUAAACUACAGCCGCAUUCAUGCCAUACGUGAGCACUCUCACACCACAGUCAUGGCUCCCCCCAAAGAAUUCUGGGAACUGUAGUUCACGUAAGGGGAUUGACACAUCAAUCCAUAAUUCCCAGCACCCUGGACAGACUACAGUUCCUGGGGUUCUCCAUAUCUGUUAAAGCAAUAAGAGAGUGCUUUAAGUGUAGCUGUAACUUUGCUUUCCCAAAAUCCAUAAUCUUAAAAUUGUAGAGUUGGAAGGGACCACGAGGGUCGUCUCGUCCAACCCCCGGCAAUGCAGGAAUCUUUUGCCCGACAUGGGGCUCAAACCCACAACCCUGAGAUUAAGAGUCUCAUUCUCUACCAACUUGAUUUCUUAAGCUCUUUCUCUUUCUCUCCUCCUCUACUUUCAGAGCUUUGCACUGGGUCACUCCUCAGAUGCUCUGUGUUCCUGUCAAUGAAGAAAUCCCUGAAGUCUCCGACGUGGUCGUAAAGGCCAUCACAGGUAUGCCGAGGGAUGCUGGGUCCCAGCUGGCGCAAGGGUGGGUGGAAUGUCAUGAUCUCUUUGAAAAACCAUUGCCCAGCCUUAAAAUCACUGACACAGAAACAAAUAUGUCUCUCUGCUAAAGCACCAUAACAGGCGGCCCUCAAGAACAUGGAUGCAGCCCACGGUGUGUGGCUUUGCUUUCUGUGGAAAACAAUCCAAGAUUGGAUCGGGAUUGACCGCUCAAGAAACAGGGGCGUCUUUGUGUUUCUUACAAGAUUCCCCAAGGUUUAUUGCUCAGGGCCAUAAGCUCAGUGGUAGAACACAUGCACUACCCACAGAAAGCUCUACUAGGUCCAGGUCCUCAGUAUGUCCAGGUAGGGCUACCUAACUCUGGGAGAGCCAGAGGGAAAAGUAGGCUACGUUUCGGGCCACAUCUAAGUCAGAAAAUUGUACAUACAUGCACCUGUGUUCUCCAGAGUUAAAGGGCUUAUUCCAGCUAGGCAGAAACACUCCAGAAGAAUAGGAAGUAGCGGUGGUGAGAGAGCGUGGUCCAGGGAGAGUCCCAAGGACAUCAGAAGAGUCUUAAGGGUCAGGCCAAAGGCCCAUCUAGUCCAGCCUCCUGUUCUCACAGUGGUCAGCCAGAUGCCAAAAAGGGAAACCAGCAAGCAGGACUGUGGCUCCCAGCAACUGGGAUUCAGCAGCAUUGCUGCCUCCAGAUGUGCAGGCAGGACAUAGAUAGUAGCCAUCAAUAUCUUUCUCCACGUAUUUGUCCAGUCUGCUUCUAAAGCCACCCAAAUUGGUGGCCGCCUUUGCCUCCUGUGGCAGGGAGUUCCGCUGUUUGUGCUGCGUGAAGGGACUUCCUUUUGUCCAUCCUGAAUUUUCCAACGUUCAUCUUCUUUGGGUGCCCACGAGUAGGACGAGAGAGGGAGAAAAACUUUUCUCUACCUGCCUUCCCCAUGCCAUGCAUAGUUUUGUAGAGGGCGCAUUCGGCUUGCCUUCUCUCCAAGCCAAAACACCCCAAAGGCUGCAACCUUUGCCUCUUCAUCCCUUUGACCUUUCCUGAACCUCUACAAUAUGAGGGGAGGUGACCGGAACUGCAUCCCGCAUUCCAAAUGCGGUUGUGCCACCGGCUUGUAUAGCAGCACAAAACCUUGGAGAGCGGCUGCCGUUCAGUGUCGGCAGCGCUGACCCAGAUGGACCAGAGCCUCUGACCUUCCUAUUUGCCAGAGCCUCUGUGGGCACGUGGCUGCUGGAGAAUGCACCCCUGCCUAACCCUCUGGGCUUCUCUCGUGUCUCGCAGACAUCAUCGAGAUGGAUUCCAAGCGUGUCCCCCGGGACAAGCUGGCCUGCAUCACCAGCUGCAGCAAACACAUCUUCACUGCCAUCCGGACCACGAAGGACGAGCCGGCUUCGGCCGAUGACUUCCUGCCCACCCUCAUCUACAUUGUCCUGAAGGGGAACCCUCCUCGCCUCCAGUCCAACAUCCAGUAUAUCACCCGGUUCUGCAACCCCAGCCGGCUGAUGUCUGGCGAAGAUGGUUACUACUUUACAAACCUGGUAGGUACAUCAGGGGGUGAGGGGCAGGAAGCAGGGGCUGGUUCAUUGUUACAGCUGCCCAUGCACUGGUAACCUCAUGACUGGACUACUGCGAUGCACUGUGUGUGGGGCUGCCCUUGGGGUUGGUCCAGAGGCUGCAGCUGGUGCAGAUGGAGGCAACUGGUUUGCUGGGGGAGGGGGGCAAAUGCCACCAGCACAUGACACUUUGCUUGUGGGAUUUGCACUGGCUGUCGAUUUGCUGCUGGGCCAAGUCCCUGUAUAGCUCAGGGCCUGGUUAUUUGAGAGACCACCUUAUUAUCCCUUGUACACCCAGCUGAUUGCAGUCUGUUGGAGAGUCUCCUGCAAGUUUUUCUCUCCCCAGACGUCUUUAUUGCAAGUUCAAAAGGUACACAAUUAUAUGUGCACUAAACAUGGUGGGACGUAAAUAAAAAAGAGAACAAGAGAGACAGCACCUGUGUAGAAGGGAAAAUAAAGGGGAGAGGGAAAAAACCCCAAACUGUAUACUUUACAAAGUUGUUAUUGCACUUCACCAGAUCUUAACCUGUUACAGUAUUUGUAAGAGUGGAUUCCAAAUAUCAUUGAAUUUGUCCAUGGCAAGUCUGCGUUUAUAUGCAAGUUGUUCAUAGGUUGUGAGUUUGUAUAAGUCUUCAAUUGUAGAAGGGAGCCACAUUUUUAUUUUUCCAUUGAGAUUGAUACUAAACACUGAUACUGAUGAACUGAUGAAUUGGAGUCUCCUGCAAGUUGAGGUGUCCAGGACUCUGCACAUUCUUCCAAAUUCACUUGCACCAUUGAUUUGAAUAAUGGUGUUAGGGGAGGGCUAGUAUCUCUGGUGGGGACACAUUGUGUUCCUUCUGGGGUAGUUCACCCACCUUUGGUCCCCACCCUGCACUCAGCUCUCACCUGUGGCUCCUAGAAACUGUCAGCAUUGAACAGCGGCCACACCCCGAGAAACAGCUUCAACUGGCCAGCUAAACCAGGUGAGGGUAGUUGAUGGAUCUCCAACCCUUGGGGAGUUAGGGACUUCCCCUGCAUGCAAAGGCAGGUUCUGGAUUGAGCGGACGAGACCAGUCAUGGGUCCAACGACAAUAAGGCAGUUUCUGCCUGUGCUGUAGAGGGAUGUGAGGGGCAGAUGGGGCUCAUCAGCCUGGGAAGGCAGCCCAUCUAGGAGAAGGAAAACUCAUCCUAAACCUCGCUGCCUUGCAGGGUAUUUUCAGGAGAAGAAAGGGAUAAGGUGUAAACCCUACACGAAUCCAGGGUGGAGUCUCUAAGGUGGUUGGAUGGUGACUUGUAUGCCUCCUUCCGGCAACUCCUGCAGCCAUGCUGGUGCCAACAUAUCGCCCUGCUUUCCUUUGGACUGCAGUGGUGAGGCUGGGGGGGGUCUUGUUCUCUGGGCAGCCCAGGACCCCACUACACACUGCCUAGGCUUGUGCCGGCCCAGGGAGGUCACUUUGGUGCUGCGAACACAGCAGUUAGACUUCACCCCUGAAGGCACACUUCAUUGUAUCUUGAGACAGACGGAUGCCAACAACAACUGUGAUAUUGCCUGUUUCAUUUUCAGUUCCUUUCCUAAUGCUCCCUAGCACCGAAUUUGCCUUUUUCUUCCACGGCCGCUGCUCAAGAGUAACUUCAAUAAGUUGGAAUAAAAACAGCGGCUUAGCUGGUUGGGCGUUCUAUGUGUGUGUGUGUGUGGAUCUUGUGCUUUGUGUAGCGUGGGAAUAAACGUGGUGCCUUUCCCCCUGCCUCCAGUGCUGUGCCGUCGCCUUCAUAGAGAAGCUGGAUGCCCAGUCCCUCAACCUGAGUGAGGAAGACUUCGACCGCUACAUGUCCGGCCAAGCGUCCCCGAAAAAGCAGGAGCCAGAGAGCUGGCCGGCCGACGUCUGCGUAGGAGUCCGGCAGAUGUACAGGAACCUUGACCUCCUCUCCCAGCUUAACGAGCGGCAGGAGAGGAUUGUGAGCGAGGCCAAAAAACUCGAGCGGGACCUCAUUGACUGGACUGACGGGAUCACCAAGGAGGUCCAGGAGAUCGUGGAGAAGUAUCCCUUGGAAAUCAAGCCCCCCAAUCCGGCCUUGGCUGCCAUUGACUCUGAAAACGUGGAGAAUGACAAGCUGCCACCUCCAUUGCAGCCCCAGGUUUACGCUGGGUGA